UCGUCUGCCAGUGGCGUCUGCUGUGCCCCCUCGACCGUCAACAACAUCGAUGGCCGUGAAGAUGACGAAGCACAUUUCUUUCUUUUAGUGGCGUCUUUCGCGUUUCUCCGAGAAAAUUCCAUCGGGAAAGAGUAAAAUGCCGAUGGAAGGGCGUAAAAGUGACAGGAGAUCUUCUCAUGGAAGUCAGGUAUUGCCCUCGCAGCUUUCCGGUGGGAAGAGUAAGGCUCCUCUGUCUCCAGGACCUGUUCUGGACAUCAGUGAUGAUGAGCUCGUAUCAAUUUCUGUACGUGAUCUCAACAGGCAGCUAAAGUUGAGGGGCUUGUCAAGAGAUGAUAUUGUUCGCAUGAAACAACGUCGCCGUACUCUAAAAAAUCGAGGAUAUGCAGCAAGCUGCCGAAUUAAGCGAAUUGAACAGAAGGAUGAAUUGGAAACUGAAAAGUCUCAAGAGUAUCGUGAUAUGGAACUGAUGAGUGAAGAUAAUGAUGCUAUGCGACUUGAGCUACAGACUCUUCAAGCAAAGUACGAAGCCCUGAAAGCAUUUGCGUUAUCCAAGAAAAUCCCAAUCCCUCCUGAGCUUGAAACCUGCCGUUAAACGAAGCAAUUUGACUUUAUCUUACUUGUGAUAUUGUGAUAAGAUUCUUUAUUAUUACGUUAAUUUUAGGUGUUUAUAGGGAGAGACUGUAUUAUUAUUUUAUUUCACAUUAUUUUUAAGCAAUAUCAUGGGGGUAUGAUUCAUUUGUAAAAGUAUAAUUGCAUUGAGAGAAGCAUCACAUUAUUGUACCUUUGUUCCAUUACUUUACCAAGUUCAAAAUAAACAUGUCUAAAAUUUA